AUGAAUUUCACUCUCAUCAUAUUCAACCUCUUUAUCACCUACGUGAUGUUCGCAUCCGGCGUCAUUAGAGCUGAAGAGUUCAAAUUAGACUAUUCGUCUGCCAAACAUGCUCUGCCACCGAUUGAGACCGCGGGUAGCAAGUUUUUCAGCAGCGAAACCGGCGAACAGUUCUUCAUCAAGGGAAUAGCGUAUCAACCACAGUAUUCCCAAGAAGAUGCCAUUAGUCUAGGUUUGCCGAUGAGUGACACAAAAUAUAUCGACCCUCUGGCAACACCAGCAAUUUGCCUAAGAGACAUUCCUCACUUGGCCGAGUUGGGCGUUAACACAAUUAGAGUAUACGCAAUCGAUCCUACGCAGUCUCAUGACGUUUGCAUGGAAGCGCUCAUGGAAAAUGGCAUUUACGUUUUGCUUGAUCUUUCCGAACCAGAUGCCUCCAUAUCGAGAGAUUCGCCGAGCUGGGACUUUGGCGUGUAUCAAAGAUACAAAGAUGUAAUAGAUGCUAUGCAUCAAUAUCCAAAUGUUCUCGGCUUUUUCGCCGGGAAUGAAGUUACCAACGAUAGAACCAAUACCAAUGCUUCACCAUUUGUAAAGGCUUCUAUCCGCGACAUGAAAGAACACAUAAAGAACAUGAAUUAUCGAGCAAUCCCUAUAGGAUAUUCCACAAAUGACGAUGUGGAGACCAGGGAGAACCUCGCGCAGUUUUUCAGCUGCGGCAAUGACACAGCAGACUUUUAUGGCAUCAACAUGUAUGAGUGGUGCGGCUACUCAUCAUUCCAUAACAGUGGCUACGACAAAAGAACUCAGGAGUUCAAAAACUAUCCAAUCCCGGUAUUCUUUUCAGAGUUUGGAUGCAAUUUAGUCAGACCGAGACCGUUCACAGAGGUGGAAGCACUUUACAGUAAACAGAUGAGCAGCGUUUGGUCGGGUGGUCUGGCGUACAUGUAUUUCGAAGAAGAGAACCAAUAUGGCGUUGUUGAGAUCGAUUCUAAAAACCGAGUCGUUCGGUUGAAAGACUUCGAGUAUCUCAAAGAUGAAUUCAAGAGGUCCGAGCCCAGUGGCAUAACAAAGUCCGAAUACUUGCGAAGAUUGGGAUUGUCCCCAAAUGCACCUACCACAAAGAGGGAAUGUCCGUCGAUUUCAGUAGCUUGGAAAGCUGCGGAAAAGCUGCCCGAAAGACCUGAAAAGUCAAAUUGUGACUGUCUGACGAGAUCUUUGCCUUGUCUCGUUUCUCCAUUUAGCGACCAGUCCAAAUACAAAGAAUACUUUGAAUAUGUCUGUGGUCAAGUGGAUUGUUCUGACAUCAAAGCAGAUGGGGAGAACGGUGAGUAUGGGAAAUAUUCGGGCUGCACGCCAGACCAGAAACUGGCCCUGCAAAUAAGCAAACUAUACUUCAGCCUCGCUGAGCAGAACGACAUUUGUCCGGUGGACGAUAGGCACGUUUACUUCAAUCGUGAUAGUAAAAAUGGUCCAAACAACGACGAGUGCGCAUCUCUAAUCAAGUCUGUUAAAAGGUCAUCAAGAACACGGAAAAGUGACGAUAGAGUUCCAAGUCCAAUUGAAGACCAUACAUCCAGCGGAAGCAACAUAGCACCGAGCGUAUUAUUGGAAUUAGCAUUUGUGGUAUUGGCAGGGUUGAUUGUAUAG